GCAAUGGAACUGUUACAGAACGCUUUGAAGAUUUCACCAAACAAUGCCGCCUGCAGAUUUUAUCGUGCUCGUUUGCUGUAUGAAAUGCAUGAUUAUGCUCAAUGUCUUGAGGAAUUAAAUGAUUUAAAACUUAUUGCUCACGAUGAAGCGCAGGUAUUUUUCCUUCUGGGUCGCGUACAUAAAAAGCUUGGUGACACACAUCUAGCGUUAUUAAACUUUAGUUUGGCAGCCGAAAUGGAUCCCCGUGGAGAACAAAGUCGCAAUAACUUUACUGAUGCACCCUAUGAUGACGAACCUUCCUCUCCUCAUUCUGAAUGA